AUGGCAGAAACAACACCUGCUGUGUGGUGCACCCUGCUCUGCCUCCUCGCCGGCGUCGCGGUGCUCCUCAAGCUGAAGACGAAGUCCAUCGCCUCCCGCCACGGCGCCGCCGGCGCCUUGAACCUGCCUCCGGGCCCACGGCCGCUGCCGGUCAUCGGGAACCUGCACUGCUUGCUGGGCGCGCUGCCGCACCACGCGAUGCGGGCGCUGGCGCAGAGGUACGGUGACGUCGUGCUCCUCCGCCUCGGGCACGUCCCCACCGUGGUGGUCUCCUCCCCGGAGGCGGCGAGGCAGGUGCUGAGGACGCACGACGCCGUCGUCUCCAACCGGCCCCUGUACGUGACCGCCGACAUCCUCUCCUACGGUGGCCAGAACAUCGCCUUCGCGCCCUCCGGCUGCCCGCACUGGAAGGAGGUCCGCCGGCUCUGCGCCACGGAGCUGCUGAGCCCCAGGCGCGUGCUGUCCUUCCGCCCCAUCCGGGAGGAGGAGGCGGCGAGCCUGGUCCGGUCCGUCGCGGCGACGUCGCCGCCGGUCGUGAACGUCAGCGAGCGGGUCAAGGUCCUCGCGAACGACGUCCUGAUGAGGUGCGCCGUCGGCGACAGGUGCCCGAUGAGGGACGAGUACAUCGCCGAGCUGGACGAGGCGCUCAGGCUCCUCGCCGGGUUCAACCUCGUCGACCUGUUCCCGGGCUCGCGCCUCGCCAGGGCGCUCGGCGCCGGGGCCCUGCGAGCCGCGAGGGAGGUGCACGACAAGGUGCACAGCAUCGUGCAAGCCAUCAUCCAGGACCAUGCAAGCAAGGCGGCCAACAACGACGGCGAGGGCUCUGAGGACGACGACAUCCUCGACGUCCUGCUACGGCUUCAGCGCGAUGGUGGGCUGGAGACCGUGCUCACCACAGAAGUUGUCUGCGCGGUGUUGUUCGAUGUCUUCGCCGCUGGCUCAGAGACUACAGCGACGACGACCAUAUGGACCAUGUCGGAGCUCGCCAAGAACCCGGGCGUGAUGCGGCGAGCGCAGUCAGAGGUCCGGCGAGUCCUUCAGGGCAAGACAAGGGUAGCCGAGGCGGACAUCCAGGGGCGUCUACCCUACCUCCAGGCAGUGAUCAGGGAGACGCUCAGGCUGCACCCUCCAUUGCCGCUCAUCCUCCCAAGGUCCUGUGCUGAGCCGAUCACGAUCAUGGGCCACGACGUGCCCGCGGGCACCACGGUGUUCGUCAACGCGUGGGCGAUCGGCAGAGACGAGAGGUGGUGGCCUGACGCGAGCGAGUUUAAACCUGAGAGGUUCGACGGCGAGGGCGAAGGCGAUGGCACGGUGGAUUUCAGCGGCGCAGACUUCAGGUUCCUCCCCGGCGGCGGCGGCCGAAGGAUGUGCCCGGGCUUGACGUUUGGGCUGGCCAACAUUGAGAUGGCGCUUGCGAGCCUGCUUUAUCACUUCGACUGGGAGCUGCCCGGUGGAGCAGAUCCCAGCGAGCUAGACAUGGUUGAAGCUUAUGGGAUCACGGCACGCCGGAAAACUGAUCUCGUGCUGAAAGCUACACCUUUUGUCCCCGCGAACUAG